AUGGCGGGGACCACCGCAGCAGCACCUGCAGCUCGGAAGGGUGAAUUCCUCAGGGAGAAUGCGAACAAGAAGGAUGUGCGACUGAUGAACAUCGAGGCCGCCAAGGCCGUGGCAGAUGCGAUCCGCACCUCCCUGGGGCCCCGCGGCGCCGACAAGAUGGUGGCUCAGGCUGACGGCCACGUGAUCAUCACCAACGACGGCGCCACCAUCCUGAACAAAAUGACGGUGGAGCAGCCGGCGGCCAAGAUGCUGGUGGAGCUGGCAAAGUCGCAGGACGUGGUGGCCGGCGACGGCACCACCUCAGUCACGGUGCUGGCCGGCGCGCUGCUGAAGAAGUCGCUGGAGCUGCUGGAGCGCGGCGUGCACCCCACCAUCAUCUCCGACGCCUUCAACCUCGCCGUGGGCCGUGCGCUGGGCUUCUUGGAGGCCGCUGCGCUGCCCGUGGCGGCGGGGGACCGCGACGCGCUGGUCCGCGCUGCCAACACCUCCCUCUCCUCCAAGGUCGUGCACCAGUACUCCUCCCUCCUCUCCCCCAUGGCCGCCGACUGCAUCCUGGCCGUUUCCGACCCUGCCCGCCCCGAGGCCACCGACCUGCGGGACGUACGCCUGGUGACCAAGGUCGGUGGCACCAUCGACGACAGCGAGAUGGUGGAUGGCCUGGUGCUGGACCAGCGCGCGGCAAAGGCUGCCAGCGGUCCCACACGCAUCGAGAACGCCAAGAUUGCGCUCAUCCAGUUCCAAGUCUCCCCCCCCAAGUCCGACAUCGAGAACAAUGUCAUCAUCAGCGACUAUGCACAGAUGGACCGCAUCCUGAAGGCGAGUAGGAAUGGGUAUGCACCCGAGGAGCGCAACUACAUCCUGCAGCUGGUGAAGAAGAUCAGGGCCUCUGGCGCCAAUGUCCUGCUCAUCCAGAAGUCCAUCCUGCGCGACGCCGUCACCGACCUCUCCCUGCACUACCUGGCCAAGGCCAAGAUCAUGGUGGUGAAGGACAUUGAGCGCGAAGACAUCGAGUUCAUUAGCAAGACGCUGGGCUGCUCGCCCAUUGCGCACGUGGACCACAUGCGCGCCGACAAGCUUGCCAGCGCGGGCCUGGUGGAGGAGGUGCCCGUCGGCUCGGGCCGCGUGGUCAAGGUGACGGGAAUCGAGGCGCGCGGAGCGACCGCCACCGUGCUCCUCCGCGGCUCCAACUCGCUGGUGCUGGAGGAGGCGGAGCGCUCCCUGCACGACGCGCUCUGCGUCGUGCGCUGCCUGGUCCAGAAGCGGUUCCUCAUCGCCGGCGGCGGGUCGCCGGAGAUCGAGCUGGCCGUCAAGUUGGGCCAAUGGGCCAAGACCCUGGUGGGCAUGGAGAGCGUGUGCGUGCGGGCGUUUGCCGAGGCCCUGGAGAUCAUCCCGGGCACCCUGGCGGAGAAUGCGGGCAUGAAUCCCAUCGAGGUGGUGACCGAGCUGCGGCGGCUGCAUGCCGCAGGGCACCAACACCACGGCAUCAAUGUGCGCAAGGGGUCGGUGACGGACAUGCUGGAGGAGAAGGUGGUGCAGCCCCUGCUGGUGACCUCCUCUGCGCUUUCCCUGGCCACGGAGUGCGUGCGCAUGAUCCUCAAGAUCGACGACAUUGUGCCCGUCCGAUAG